AUGGAUUUGGUCGCAGGUGUUCGCAAGGAAGGCAGCCGCGGCGGCCGCGGCGACUUCAAAUGGUCCGAUGUCAAGGACUCCUCGCAUCGCGAAAACUACCUGGGGCACUCUCUCAUGGCCCCUGUCGGUCGCUGGCAACAGGGCAAGGAUUUGACAUGGUAUGCUAAAGGCGACGCGGACGAUGAGGAUCAAGCAAGGAGGGAUCGCGAGGAGAAACAACGGGUCAAAGAGGCUGAGGAAGAGGCGAUGGCGCGAGCUUUGGGGCUACCUAUUCCCGCUAAGGCGUCGGAGAAUGCCAACUUGACCCCACUCGGUGGCCCGUCAGAAGCUGCGGAUAAGGAAGGGGGUGACGAGGCUGGAAAGGGACUUGGU